UCUCUCUGCAUACUGUCUUUUAUCAGGGCCAUAUGAUGCAAUUUAUGUGACCCGGUUUUAAAGAUGCAUGCAAUGAUCAAGAGGAAUAGAGGGGGGGCACCCAUGCUGCAUUUCAAAAAGAGAGAUAGAGAGAGGGAGCGAGAGAGAGGCAGAAAAAAAGAGAAACCCUGUAUUGGCGCGGCAAAGGCUUAACUUGGGCUCCAAACUGAGAGGUUCAGGGGACAAGGAGGUACGCAAUGUUCCGAGGCAGGAGGUGCAGAAAAGACAUCAGUGAAAGAGGGAUGGUAAGGAGAUGAUGGGUCUUCGAUUAAACUUGGACCCACAGCUCUUCCCAAUGGCCAAGCGGACAUGAUUCCAUCACCAAGACCGUUUACACUAUGUGGAAUAUGAUGUACUUGAAUGCCAUUAGGUUUUUGUAUUUCCCUAUUUUACUGUAUGAUGCAUUCGUCUCCCCCAGUAACAUAUUUGAGAGGUCAGUGGUUCCUAAAGCUGGUUCGUCCCGCUUGGUGGCCAGAAUGGACGGGGACGUAAUAAUCGGUGCCCUGUUCUCGGUCCACCACCAACCGUCAACAGAGCAGGUAGCGGAGAGGAAAUGCGGUGAGGUUCGGGAACAGUAUGGAAUCCAACGAGUAGAAGCGAUGUUCCACACCUUGGACCGAAUCAACUCCAACCCGAAUCUUCUACCCAACAUCACUCUGGGGUGCGAGAUCAGGGACUCCUGUUGGCACUCCUCAGUGGCUCUGGAGCAGAGUAUUGAGUUCAUUAGAGACUCUCUCAUCUCGAUCCGGGAUGAUGACAACAAAGAUGGUACCUCCAGACAGUGGUGCAUUGAAGGGACGCCUGCGAGUCAGCCACCCGCCACCAAGAGACCCAUAGCCGGAGUCAUCGGACCUGGGUCAAGCUCAGUGGCUAUUCAAGUUCAGAACCUCCUGCAGCUGUUCAACAUCCCCCAGAUAGCAUAUUCUGCGACCAGCAUAGAUCUGAGUGACAAAACACUCUUCAAGUAUUUCCUUAGGGUUGUGCCCUCUGACACUCUCCAAGCCAGAGCCAUCCUGGACAUAGUCAAACGCUAUAACUGGACCUAUGUGUCAGCAGUCCAUACAGAGGGUAAUUACGGAGAAAGUGGCAUGGAAGCUUUUAAGGAGCUGGCCUCUCAGGAGGGGCUGUGUAUCGCCCAUUCAGACAAGAUCUACAGCAACGCUGGGGAGAAGCACUUUGACAGGCUGCUGAGAAAGCUGAGAGAACGCCUGCCCAAGGCCCGGGUGGUCGUCUGCUUCUGCGAGGGUAUGACAGUUCGUGGACUGCUCAUGGCUAUGAGACGACUUGGGGUGGCAGGGGAGUUCCUUCUCAUUGGCAGUGAUGGCUGGGCAGACAGAGAUGAGGUGGUUGAGGGUUAUGAACAGGAGGCUGUGGGCGGUAUCACUGUGAAGCUGCAGUCGGAGGAGGUCUCGUCCUUUGAUGACUACUUCCUGAAGCUCCGCCUCAACACCAACACCAGGAACCCAUGGUUCCCUGAGUUCUGGCAGCACAAGUUCCAGUGUCGCAUCCCAGGGCACCCGCUGGAGAACAUGAACUACAGGAAAAACUGCUCAGAUGAUCUAGAGCUCCAAAACGGUUACGAAAGUCUAGAGGACAACUAUGUCCAGGACAGUAAGAUGGGAUUCGUCAUCAAUGCUAUAUACGCCAUGGCUCAGGGUCUGCAUGACAUGCACAGCCACCUCUGCCCCGGCCAUGUGGGACUAUGUGAGGCCAUGGACCCCAUCGAUGGAAGCCAGCUGUUGGAGUUCCUCAUGAGGACCUCCUUCACUGGGGUGUCUGGAGAAGAUGUGUGGUUUGAUGAGAACGGAGACACACCUGGCAGGUAUGAAAUAAUGAACCUACAGUAUGUGGAGCCUGGUGCGUUCGACUACAUCAAUGUGGGUUCGUGGCACGAGGGUCAGCUCAGCAUUGAUGACUACAUGAUGCAGAUAAACCGCAGUGACAUGGUCCGCUCCGUCUGCAGCGAGCCCUGCUCCAAGGGAGAGAUCAAGGUGAUCAGGAAGGGAGAGGUGAGCUGCUGCUGGAUCUGUACAGCCUGUAAAGACAACGAGAUUGUUCAGGAUGAGUUCACCUGUAAGGCUUGCGACCUAGGCUGGUGGCCGGACCCCGAACUGGAAGGUUGCGAGCCCAUCACCUUGCGGUACCUGGAGUGGGGGAAUCCAGAGUCCAUCGUCCAGGUGGUGUUUGCCUGCCUGGGCAUCCUGGUCACCUCCUUUGUCACCUUCAUCUUCGUCCUGUACCGAGACACGCCCGUGGUCAAGUCCUCCAGCCGCGAGCUCUGCUACAUCAUCCUGGCCGGGAUCUUUCUGGGCUACAUCUGCCCCUUCACCCUGAUCGCCCGACCCACCGUGGCCUCCUGCUACCUGCAGCGCCUCCUGGUGGGCCUCUCAGCCGCCAUGUGCUACUCAGCGUUAGUCACCAAGACCAACCGCAUUGCACGCAUCCUGGCUGGCAGCAAGAAGAAGAUCUGCACCAGGAAGCCGCGGUUUAUGAGCGCCUGGGCCCAGCUGGUGAUCGCCGGCCUCCUAGUCAGUGUCCAGCUCACCCUGGAGGUUACUCUGAUCAUCCUGGAGCCACCUAUGCCCGUCAAGUCCUACCCCAGCAUCAGGGAGGUCUUCCUGAUCUGCAACACCAGCACGGUGGGCAUGGUGGCGCCACUGGGCUACAACGGCCUGCUGAUCAUGAGCUGUACCUACUACGCCUUCAAGACGCGCAACGUUCCAGCUAACUUCAACGAGGCCAAGUACAUUGCCUUCACUAUGUAUACAACAUGUAUCAUCUGGCUGGCGUUUGUGCCCAUCUACUUUGGCUCCAACUAUAAGAUCAUCACCACAUCGUUCUCAGUGAGCCUGAGUGUUACUGUGGCGUUGGGCUGUAUGUUCUCGCCCAAGAUCUACAUCAUCCUCGCCAAGCCGGAGCGGAAUGUACGCAGCGCGUUCACCACCUCAGAUGUAGUGCGCAUGCACGUCGGCGACGGCAAGAUCGCUUGCCGGAGCAACAGCCUGCUCAACAUGUUCAAACGGAAGAAGAACUCUGAGAAUUCUAAUGGAAAGUCUGUGUCAUGGUCUGAACCAGGUGCAAGACAUCAUCCUCCAAAAGGGGAGCACAAUUGGCACAGACUGUCUGUGCACGUGAAGAGACAGGAAGCAGGAUGCUCCAAUCAGAUGGCCGUCAUCAGACCCUUAACUAACACCUACCAUAACACAGGCAGCAGCAUGGCCAUGGAGUUCUCUGACCUCAGCACCAAGACUCUGUACAAUGUAGCUGAGGAGGACGAGAGCGACCUAGUCCGAUACAAUCCUCCCCUUAGUCCACACAUGAUGGCCCACGGGCAGAUAAUGCCCUCCACCGGUGGGCCGAUUAAAGAGGUGGACGAGGAGGUGGUUGAAUAUUACCCCCCCAUUGAGCACAUGCCCCUGCACCUGCCACAGAGCAGAGUGAUCCCCCAGCAGAGUGUCAACAUGGACCACCUACAGCUACAGGAGGUGGUGGGCAAGUACAACAGUGAUUUCAUCAUCCCUGAGCUCAAUGAUAUGGACAUGAUCAGUCUACCCGGCCCUGUGGGUGGUGGUGAUGGUUUUGGGGGCAGGUCUGGGAGCAGUCAUGGCAGGCCUGUGUACCACCAGGCUCAUCUCAUCCAGCAGCAUGCAGUCCUGCCCCUGCAACUAGACCUUGGCCCCUUCGACGACGAGGAACCCACCUCCCACCUGGAGAUGGAGGAAGAGGAGGAGGAGGAGGAGGAGGAGGAGGAGGAGAUUGAGGAGGAGGUAGAGGUGGAGAAUGAGCAGUUUGGCCUCCUCCAUGGAUACAUGUAUGACAACGCCCUGAUUCACGAAGAAGAGGACGACGACCUCGUUCAGAUCAAAUUAGCCAUGGAGGAUUCUAUGGCCCUGAUGCCCCCCUCCCCAUUCCGUGAUACAGCGAGCAUGGGGAGUCCCUUUCAUAACGCCUCACCCGUGUCUGAGUCCAUAUUAUGCACCCCUCCAAACUACGCCUCCGUCAUUCUGAAGGACUACAAACAAAGCUCCUCAACGCUGUGAACGAGUACUGUAGCUCAGUUGGUAGAGCAUGGCGCUUGCAACGCCAGGGUUGUGGGUUCGAUUCCCACGGGGGACCAGUAU